GAUGCUCUGUUAAUACUCGGUGUCCGUUUCUCUGUUAACUCCUUCGAGUUACGCUUCGUCUGAAGACGAAUUUGGACGUGGGUGCUCAGGUUGUUGCUAUAGGGGGCUGUUGGAUACCUUGUUCCCCGGAAUGUCCGGCGGGGAUGAUGUUCCCGUGGACGGAAUCGAUCGAGAUAGGCAGCAUUUCAUGAGAACACUUGCCUCUUUCAAGUUCUUUGGGAUCCAUAUGCAAAAGCGGGUCGAAAAGGCUGUAUCCUACUUUCACUCUUUCGAUGCUUGUCAGCAGUCCCUCAUUCCCGAAUUCGAAAAGAGCAUGGAGAAAGUGCGCUCAUGCAUCACUCAUAAUGAUGAACUUAUUACCAAGAUAAUUGAGCAUUCAGCCCCUGAUAUGUUCAACCGCGAUAAUGGUGAGUAUACGCUGGACACUAUUGACCAUCCGGGAGUGCAGUUGACGGAAACCAAAAGGCUGUCAUACAAGGCCAGUAAGGUUUCCAGGUUAGGACCCUUUGCAUUCACGACGAGUGAUAUGGAUAAGGUCAGAUCAACCCUUAAACAGUUCGCAAGAGAUUGGUCUUCACUCGGAAAGCAUGAGCGUGACGUGUGUUAUCAGCCAGUUGUCGAUGAAAUUGACGGCAUUUAUCGCUGUCGAGAUGUAGAUCCCGUCGACGUUCGUAUAUUGGUCCCGGGAGCCGGUCUGGGUCGUCUAGCUUGGGAGCUGGCGCAUCGCGGAUACACCUGCCAAGGGAACGAGUGGAGUCUUCACAUGCUUAUCCCCGCGUAUUUUAUUUUAAACACAUGCACUAAGGUCGAUGAGCAUACCAUCUAUCCUUGGGUGUCACAGUUCUGCAACAACAUGUCUCGGACAGACCAGCUGACCCCCGUCCACUUCCCCGAUGUGUGUCCCACUGAUAUUCCACCACAUGUGCCUUUUUCCAUGGCUGCUGGCGACUUUGUGGAAAUCUACACGGAACCAGCCAUUUGGGAUUGCGUGGCAACUGUGUUCUUCAUUGACACCGCGCACAACAUCCUCAGCUAUUUGGAAACUAUCUGGCGGAUAUUGAAACCGGGUGGAUUUUGGAUCAACUUCGGUCCACUGCUGUACCACUUUUCCGACGUUCCCGGGGAAGAAUCUUUGGAGUUGAGCCACGACGAGCUUGUCCUGGCCAUUCGGCGGAUCGGCUUCGAAACUAUUAAACUGGAAACGGGUAUCCAGUGUGGCUACACUCAAAAUCCGGCCUCGAUGCUUUCCUAUGAAUACAGCUGUGUGUAUGGCGUUUUCAAGAAACCCAGUGAGCCCAGAUGAUCUCCCAUCCAAUCCUUUUUUCAACGUUUCUGAUCUUUAUAUCGGAUUUCCAGCAGAACCUUUCCUCGAACCACCUUCCUUUAACUCGCAUCUGGAGGCUAAAUCUGUGUAGUCUUCAUUGAGCCGCAUUUUCCACAUGUCCCGAAUUUUCGAGCAAGCUAAGUGAAUCCUGAUGUUUCGUGCCUGUCUUCUAAAUGAUUUUUCAGUGCUGCUUCUUAUUUGUAUAGCUCCACGUUUAUAAUAAACAUGGCUUUUAUUUUUCAAGCUUGCCUGUUACGAUUAUCAGUACGCCGUUUCCCAUCUCGACCAAUUCUAGGACAGGAAUGCUAUCUCUCAAGUCAUUUAUAUUCCAUUUUUCUCUGAAAGCACAGCUUGACUGCUUUCGAAGCGUCAUUCUUUUUCAGCUACAUUAAUAGACUUUGAAACCUCUUGGAUUUUCUGCACUAAGCUAAUGGGCUGUCAGUGAGACACAAUUCACAUGGUCCGAAUCCUUACCUGGUUUUGUUUGUGCCCUGAGACAUUGUGCAGUUGUGGAACACAUUACGCACCAACUGUGUCUAGUCUGCAUCAUUACUCAUUUUGCAAUUCUUUCCUCCUGAGUACUCCUUUGUGUAUCACCGUUUGCCAGAUUAUUGGCUGUUCAACCUUGUGUUCUGUUUACCUGCCUACAAUUGGCUCAUCUGUCGUAAUGACGUCUUUUCUACUAGCCUUGUUUACUACGAUUUUCAGUUGCGUCGGCCGGUGCCGCUCAUUUCUACUGGUUGCAUCUUAUGCUGCUGCGCACAAAGGGGAAGCAAACAGAUCCCUCUGGAUUUCCAUCGUUUUAUUGCUGGAAAACUGACAUCCGUUCCACCUGCAAUUACAUUUCGUUAUGGGUUUAUGUCUUACUUCACGCAUAUACCGAUCCGGGAAUAUUUGGGACCAGGUGUUUUUCGUACACUUUCCUUCCUCUGUACUGGUGUCGAUUUCAGUCCCGUCCGGAAAGCAAGAAUGGUCUGGCUAUUACUUGGUGAUCUCGACUUCACCUCAUUUCACUUGUCUUGCUCCGAUGUAUUCAGAUUGAUCACACGCAGACCGACGUUGACAUCACUUUCUUCUAACAAGCUCACCUAGCGCUCGUUACAAUGUUACGCCCAGGGGGACUCUGAAUAUAAAGUUAUACUGUGCAUUGCCAC